AUGUCUCCUUCCAAUGGAGUUGUAGUAAAACCACGUGUGCCGGAAACAGAUCCUCGAAAGGUAUUCCACUACACCGAUCUUCAAAGAUCAAAACCGACCAGGGAGAAUGAUCCGUACGACUAUCAACCUGGCUGGGGCAACAGACACCAGUCCGAGGUGAUCCCCGGCACACUGCCAGUAGCACAGAAUAAUCCACAGGAUCGCGGCUUUGGCCUCUACACCGAAGGCAUCACAUCGUCUAGUUUCGUGGCGCCACGCUCGGUCAACUCUAGUACAUACAUGUACAGAGCUCGGCCAUCAGCCGCUCAUAACGGUUACGAGAAACUCGACACCAAAUCUCACAUUGAAAACUGUUUUCUUUCCCUCAAUCCAGCUGUAGAGCCGUUGCCGCAGCAAACAGAAUGGUCCCCUUUUCCACUUCCCUCCGAAGACGAAACCAUUGACUUUACCAAUGGGCUGCACACGCUAUGUGGCAGCGGAGAUCCCAACUUGAAGCAGGGCAUCGCCCUGUACGUCUACAUGAUCAACGCGUCCAUGGACGGCAAGGCGUACUGCAACACGGACGGCGACUUUCUGGUGACGCCCCAGCUCGGCAAUAUCGAUGUACAGACGGAAAUGGGCAAUCUCUUCCUGCAGCCGGGCGAGAUAUGCGUCAUCCAGCGCGGCGUUCGCUUCAGGGUCGCCCUCGGCCCCGGCGUCACGGCCGCCCGCGGUCAUAUUGCCGAGGUCUGGGGCUCCGUCUGGGAGCUGCCCGACCUCGGACCCCUGGGGGGUUACGGGCUGGCCAACCCGCGCGACUUCUUGUACCCGACGGCACACAUUGAUGAGGACCUCCACCGGUCGUUUAGCAUUGUUGUCAAGAAUACUGGCAAGCACUACGCCAUUGAACAAGACCAUAGCCCAUUUGAUGUUGUAGCUUGGCAUGGGAACUGCGUUCCAUACAAAUACGACUUGACCAAAUUUGUAGCGCAGAACUCUGCCACAGUCGACCAUACAGACCCAAGCGUCAACACCGUGCUGACGGCCAAGUCUGUUGAUCCACACGUACCUCUAGCCGAUUACUUGUGGUUCGGUCCGCGAUGGGAUGUGGCAAGCAACUCAUUCCGCCUCCCCUACUUCCAUCGAAAUAGUGCAUCUGAAUUGUUGGCAUGCAUCUAUGGUAAUGGACUGGGUCGAUCCGAUGACUUUCUGCCGGGUGGCUGCAGCUACGAAGGUGGCCACACGCCGCACGGGGGCUUUAGCGACGAGUAUGUGACCGAGGUAAAGCUUCAAGUCAAUGAACCUCGCAGAAUACUAGAAAAUCAAAUGACUAUAAUGGUCGAGUCGUCUCGAACAUUUCUCUUUACAGAGUACGCGCGCAAGCUUUGCGGCGUUAUGCAAUCACAAGCCACAGAUCCCAAGGUCUGGAGCAAGCUCCCGGACCGCUUCUCGACAAAUCCAGUCGUGAAGCAACUGCUUGCUCGUGUAGCUGAGGACAAGGCCAAGAGCAGAGCGGCCGCCGAUUAUUACCAUUCUGUUGAUCUUAGUGCACAAAGCACAGCAAUUCACGCGGCCAAAUGA